AUGCCGUAUAAUGUGAACCCAAAUGCAAGAGGUUUUGACCCCACUGUCAGGUGCGAGUAUAAUUCUAACACUCGGGGUCAUAGCACAGAAAAUUAUUUUACUUUGAAGAGAGCCAUUGAGAAGCUAAUUGAUGACAAAACAAUUGUGAUACAUGACGAAGAGGCUCUGAAUGUCACUAACAACCCACUUCCUGCUCACAACAAUGCUCAUGUUUUUGGGAUGAUCUGUGACGAUAAGGAAUACAAGCAAAUAAACAAAAUAGUAAUGGAAAUUGACACCUUAAAAGAAAGGUUGGGUAUGGUGACAAAGUCUGCACAAGAAGCACCGUUGAUUGUAAAAGGUGCAAGUUCUAAUGCAAAUCUCAAAGGCUCGGGGAAGUUGUUAUUGUAUGUCCCUGGAGCCACAAAGAAAAAAGAGAUGUCAGUGGCUGGACCAAAAUUAUAUGUUCCUAGUGGUUUUCCCAGGUUUGGUCAAAACCAGAAUAGUUUAGGAAAGAUGACAGAACCAAUUGUGAUAAGGCACAUGACACAACUUCCAGUGACAAACAUGAAAACUGUCCCAUGGAACUACAACAAAACCACUGUGACUUACAAGGGCAAAGAGAUUGUUGAAGAAAUAGAUGAAACUGGUGGCUUAACACGUUCUGGAAGGUGUUAUGCUCCAAAAGAAUUAAAGAGAGCCAAACAAGCUAGGGAUAGCCAAUUUCCGAUGAAAAAAUCUAUCACCGAAGAAGAGGCUGAAGAGUUCAUGAAAAAGAUGAAAGUUCAGGAUUACUUUAUUGUUGAUCAGUUGAGAAAAACUCCUGCUCAGAUUUCAUUGCUAUCUUUGCUCAUAUAUUCUAAAGAGCACCGUCAAGCAUUGAUUAGAAUUCUGAACGAGGCACAUGUUUCAGACAAAACAACUGUAAGUCACUUGGAAAAUAUGGCCAAUAGAAUAUUUGAGGUGAAUAGAAUCACUUUCAUUGACGAUGAGUUGCUUGUGGAAGGAGCCGGGCAUAACAAGGCUUUGCUUUUAACUGUCAAAUGUGAAGAACAUUAUGUGAAAAGAGUCAUGAUUGAUGGAGGCUCGGGUGUGGACAUCUGCCCCCUCUCUACUUUGCAGAGUUUGAAAAUCAGUACAGAUAGAAUUCGUACUAACAAUGUGUGUGUUCGAGCUUUCGAUGGCGCAAAAAGAGACACCAUUGGUGAGAUUGAUCUUACUUUAAAAAUUGGACCUGUUGAUUUUGGGAUCACAUUCCAAGUUAUAGACAUGGACACUUCCUACAACUUGCUUUUAGGAAGGCCAUGGAUCCAUGCAGCCAGAGCGGUGCCAUCUACUUUACACCAAGUGGUCAGGUUUGAAUAUGAGAAACAAGAAAUUAUUGUUCACGGUGAAGAUGAUCUUUCAAUAUAUAGAGACCCUUCCGUUCCAUCCGUUGAGGCCAAGGAAGGUUGUGAAUCCCUCGUAUUUCAGACCUUUGAGAUAGUGGCAGCUAAUCAGUUUAUGGAAGGGAAGCCUAUCACAGAGCCUCGUCUAUCCUCUACUUCAUUCAUGGUGGCUACACAAAUGCUGCAAAACGGUUAUGAGCCAGGAAAGGGCUUGGGGGUGUCGUUGCAAGGAAUUGUUGACCCUAUCUCUCCAUUUGGUAAUCAAGAUACUUUUGGUUUGGGUUUUAGGCCAACUAAUGCUGAUAGGAAAUGGGCAAAAGAGCAGAAAAAAUAA